AUGCCAGAUGCUUGGAUGCGGUUGACUCUGAUGGGUUUCUGCGAAAUAAGGAAGCGAUUUUCUGUUCCGUGGCUGGACCAGGUUAUUUCUAUAUAUCUAAUUACGCUUAAGAGUCUAAGGAGGCGCUUAAGGAUUCGCAAGGGCUGGCCAUUGAAGUCGUCUCGAAUAUUAGGAAUGAAUUUGAUUGGGGCUGGACUCAUGGAUGAGCUGCCUACGUACCUCCAGGGAAGGAGGAUCAAGUCUGGACGUAGUUCGUGGGGUGGAGAUACCUCAGAUGAGAUUGUUUUAACGAAGUACCGUUUCAGGUACAUUGCGUUUAAAUGA